AUGAAACUGGAGAAGACACGGGGCCUCAAAGAAUUGAAUUAUAUAAAAUCAUUUAUUGAAAUUUAUUUUAACACUGCACUCAUCUUUUGGGGCAAGACAAGCGGAUUUUUUUUCUGCUCCUAA